AUGGCCGUAAGGCGCGCUACCUUGCAUCCCCCCUCCGGGCGGAAGAGGGAAUGGACUGGUAGGGAUGGCGGCGCCGGUCACGGACUGGCUCAACACACAUUGGGCGCCGGUACCCCCCCUGGGGCGAAGGGGGUGUGGGCGCGCCCAAAUACCCAAGAACGCCCUCCCAGGUCUUAG